AGUGGAUGCACGUGAUUUCGUAUUUACUUUUCUCUGGCUCUGACGUAGUUUAAAAAACGGGAUUUAAACAAAACACUGAAAAUGAAUUAAUGGCUUACAUGAACAACAAUCAAUUCACGAGUGGUAAAAGUUAUUUAAAUGAUAAUAAUAAUUGGGAAAACAUAAACUUGAUCUCCACUCCAGAAACAAUAAGAAUACUGUUGUUCAAAGAAUGUAGACUUAGAGACAGACAACUAAUUUUUGACUCCCAAUCGAGCCAAAAUGUGGAAAAUAAGGCGAAAGAUGAAAGAAAAACCGCAGAAGAAUUUUCUCUCUUAACAGAAAUGAUUUUCGGCUCGACGGCUAUGAAGUACCAUGACACGUAUUACAAAAUACAUGGUGUAUCAACUCCAGAUAGAUUAAUUUUUACACAAGUUUUUUCCACUCCAAAUACGAAUAAGUAUCAAGAAAAUUAUGGAUCGUUCUUUUCGAAAAGUAAUAUCAAUUUUCAAAAAUGUUCCAGCUUACUUGAGUAUGAUUUAACCUCCAAUUAUUUAUCUCAAUCAUCGAUGGACUCAUCACCUGACUGUUUUUCAAUUUUCAGAAAAAAUACUUCAACAAACUCAACAUCUACAACCGUAGAUUCUGGCUUUUCCGAUUCAAGUUUCUCCAGCAAUGCUUCGUUCCAACCAUCUUACGGAAGCUUCACAAGAAGUGCAAAACUGGGAUCCUCUAAAUCGAGUUUAAAUUUUUAUAAUUCGUUUGUGAGCGAUGUGGAUUCUUCAGGGUGUCUAUCACAAAAUUUAAAUUACUCAAGAUUAGGAUUAGCUUUGAUUGUACCUGUAACUAAAACGAAAGAAGAUGAGAUUUAUAUGCAACAUUUUACUACCAUAGAAUCGAUAUUAUGGCGAAUUCGCCAUUAUGUAGAAUUAGCACUUGGCUCUCCAAAACUGUUCUUCGCCACAAUGUUCGAAAUAUCUUCAAUAUCGGCGAAAUGGCUAUCCAAGGAACUCAAUUUUUGGACCAAAAUGAACGCCGUACAUCCAAGAGAAGAAUCUGGAGGAAUUUUCAAAAUUUUUAGUAUGUUGAACUUAAGAAAAAGUAUAUUUUUUCGACAGAAAGUCAAAGAUGAACGUUUUGAGAAAUUUUGUAAAACACUUAGCGAAUUUGAUGUUAAAGAAACAAAAUUUUUCUUGAGCGCCCUUCUCACGGCAGUAUUAACCCACCAUACGGGAUGGAUAACAUCGUGCUAUCUACUAAAAGAGAUUAAUCUAAAGGACUCCUACCACGCUGUCUGGCGGCAGCUGACAAACUUAUGCGGAGCAUCCGGAUUUCUUACAAAAACUUCAAAAACCGUCAUAUAUGGCCUUAAAAACAAUGAAACAUUAAACGAUAUUCUCGAUUUUCUAUUCUAUUUCAUCAGAUAUUUCAGAGUAGAAAGGCAGUAUUUAGAAAGAGACGAUAUUUUAGAAGAUAACAGAAUCAUUAACGAUAUUUGUGAUGGUUUACGACAAAACAAAUCUUCUGGAGAAGCUGGAGGGAUAAUAAAGAAAGCGAGACUUAUUAAAACUAAGAAAAUUUGUGCAGACUUAUCUCAAAUAAUCGAAACAAAUAAAGAAAAUUAUUUUAAUGAAAAUGACAAUUCAAAACUAUCAAAAAACAAACUAAAUGAUUCUAAUAGAAAGGGAUUAUCUAAAUCCAAAACUUUUGGAAAAGGAAUAAACAUCUUGAGUGAUUUUAAUGAAGAAUCUGAUUUUGGAGUAAAAGAAGAGUUUAACGAGAAGUCAGUUUUAUUUAUUUUAGGUGAUAACGAUAAGUUGCAGAAUUUAAAAAAAUCGUUGGAUGUUAAGAAUAAUUCUAGUAAGGGUAACAUCUUUAAUACUGAUCAAAAUGAUGAAAGUAAUAGUACAGUGGCGCUAAAGGUUAUCAAAUUUCCUUUACCAAAGUCAAAGUAUAUUGGUGAUAUUUCAGAAAUAAUUCCACUUGAUUUUUUGUCUAGAACUGGUAUUCCAGACAUGUAUAUUCCGCAUAAAAUUUUCCAAAGUACAAACGCUCCCGAGAAGAAAUGGAAAAAUUCUUUAAAAAAUGAUUUAUCACUGAAGUACUCUUGCUUAUUUCCCAAUCAGUUAGAAGAAAACAUCGCUAUUUUAGCAAACGUAGAUAAAUGGGAGGUACAAGUAUUAUCAAGCAAUAGAAAUAAAUCAGAAGGAACGGUUGAUUCAUGUCCUUUAGUUUCCAAUGUACUGGAAAUUGUUUUAGAAAUGUGGAAAUUAAAUAUGGCAAAAGAACAUUGUGCUUCGUUUAUGGAACAGAGACUAGUCGAGAUUUGUCUAAAAGCCAAUGCUUUGUCCCAGUUUCUAUUAACCACGGAUUUUUGUACAACAGAAGCACUUCUCAGCACGUUAAAUUUGAACAUUGCAGAUGUUCCUCUUUUGAUGUCUGUGGGUUCUAAUAUUAACCCGGAAAUUUUACAAAAAUAUGGUCUUAGUUAUCAUUAGAUUUUUUUACGAAUUAAUUUAUUUAUUGUAUAUAAUAAUUAUAGUGAUAAUAAAUGUG